AUGCUGUCCUGCAUUGGUUACGCUGUUGGCUUCGGUGCUUUUUGGAGGUUUCCAUACCUGUGCAUGCGAAAUGGAGGAGGUGCAUUUCUCAUUCCAUACUUUUUAUGUCUGAUCUUUUGUGGCAUGCCCUUGUUCUUCUUAGAAAUGGUCAUCGGUCAGUUUUCAGGAUUGGGAGCUAUUGGCGUCUGGAACGUCUGCCCACUUUUUAAAGGGGUCGGUUGGGCCAUGCUAGUGAUGUCGGGCCUGGUAACCAUUUACAGCAACAUGAUUCUUGGUUGGGUCCUCUACUUUCUUGGUCUCUCUUUCACUUCCUCUCUGCCAUGGGCAACAUGCAACCAAACUUGGAACACACCUCUCUGCGUUGAAUGGAAUGGUAUGGAUCCAAAUGUUACCGCGACAUUCCGAAACACGUCUGCAACAUUCAGCAACGUAUCAGCUCCACAGGCCAGGCAUGGUGUCACACCCGCCGAAGAAUUCUGGCACAACAGUGUACUAAAGAUAUCAGGCGGCAUUGAGCGUUUUGGAGAAUUCAGAUGGCCUCUCGUCUGCUGCCUGUUCGCUGCUUGGGUCGUCGUCUUCCUCUGCCUCUUCAAAGGAAUCAAAUGGUCUGGAAAGGUUUGA